UCAGAAUAUAACACAAAAAACAUGGGACAGACAGGAUGAACGGUCAGGAUCUGGCCCACAAGGGGGUGAGAGUAGGAUUCUUAUGGGAUGGCUACUCUCGCGAGUAGCUUAAAUAGCAUGGCUGGAACCAUAAAUACUCCCAACCUGCGUAAACCUCCUUACCUUCCCUUAAAAUCCCUUCUCAGAAAAUAAAAAAAAAGAAAAAAAAGAAAAAGAGCGAGAGAAAAAAGAAAAUAAAACAAAAAAAAAAAAAAGAAAGAAAGAAAGAAAAGAAAAUCGCUCGCUCUCUCGCUCUCUCUCUCUCUCUCUCUCACCCCGCUGCCAUUCCCUCCCUUGUAAGAGGACUGAUUCCACGUGGGUUUUGACGCUCAGCCUCUUUUAUGGAGAUGGAUUCAGUUGAAGUAGAUCAUGAUGAGGAGUGCAUGGAAGAAACAUUAGCCUACCGGUUGCUUUCGACAGCUUCUCCGGACAUAAGUGGUAUCUAUGGGGACCCACAGGUACCUCCUAGAGUAGGCAAUGAGUAUCAGGUGGAAAUUCCACAACUAACAACAGAAUCGAGAUGUCUUCAGCCGAUGCGCCAUCCAACUGAUCCCGAACAGAUGUUUGAUGUUGACAACUCCAUCCAAAUAGGAUUACCCAUCCCAGUUAUGUGGGUCCAUGACAUAGUUGAUCAAAUGAAACAUGAACAGUCAGAAAUUUUCAGGAACAUGAUUGUUGCAGAUACAACUCAGCCUAUAGACUCUGAAGUGGUAGGUAAUGAGAUGGACGUGGAUUUGUCUUUGCAGCAACUAAAGAUGCCCAACCUUGACAACAAGUGUGAAAGCAAAGGUUACGUUCCAGUGCCCGGUUCAUUGGGUGGCUCUUGGAGUGAUAUUGAACAAGAGAGUUUUAUCCUUGGGCUUUACAUUUUUGGGAAGAAUCUCAUUCAAGUCCAGAGAUUUGUUGGGAGUAAAGACAUGGGCGAUGUUCAAUCGUUCUAUUACGGAAAGUUUUAUCGGUCUGAUGGUCAUCGUAAGUGGUCAGAGUGUCGGAAGAUGAGAAGCAGGAGGUGUAUACAUGGUCAGCGUAUUUUUACAGGAUGGAGGCAACAGGAACUGUUGUCACGAUUGCUACCUCACAUGUCAGAGGAAUGCAGAAAUACUUUGCAAGAGGUCACUAAGACACUUGGCGAGGGCAAAGUUUCUCUAGAAGAAUAUGUCUCCAGUUUAAAGGCUAUGGUCGGCCUGAACAUUCUAGUAGAAGCUGUAGGUGUUGGCAAGGGGAAGCACGACCUCACCGGCGUCGCCAUGGAGCCUGUAAAGGCAAAUCCACCCAUCUCUACUCGUUCCGAAUUACCUGUCGGCAAAGCAUGCUCAUCUCUCUCAUCUGCAGAGAUAAUCAAAUUUCUAACGGGGGAUUUCAGAUUGAGCAAGGCGCGGUCGAACGAUCUCUUCUGGGAGGCUGUUUGGCCCCGUUUGCUUGCGAGUGGGUGGCACUCCGAGCAGCCCAAGAAUAACGGUUAUGCAACUUCCAAGGCUUUGGUGUUUCUCAUCCCUGGCAUUAAGAAGUUCUCAAGAAGAAAACUUGUGAAAGGAAACCAGUACUUUGAUUCUGUCAGCGAUGUCUUGAACAAAGUGGCAGCGGAUCCGAUGCUUCUCGAGUUUGAGGUUGAAGCGGUUCAUGGUGGCAUAACGAAGGAAGAAAAUGGGUGGGACCAAAACGCCGAAUUCCACAAAAUGGGUCCCCCAUCUGAUCAUCAGCGCCAUUGCUAUCUUCGGCCAAGAGUUCAAGAUUGUGAUUCCAAGCUUACGAAAUUUACAGUUGUGGAUACCUCUUUGGUUCAUGGAGAAAAAUCCAGUAAGGUAAGAGAAUUGAGAAGCUUACCUGUCGAUACUGCUCGUACUUCCAGGCCUACAAACCUUUCAAAAGAAAGGGACGAUAAUGAUAGCUCUGAAGAUGAGCCAGCCCCUGCUGAUAAGAUAUCAAAUGAUCAAGAGGACUCCUUCCCCGCUACGUCUGAUGAUAAGAAGGCAGGGAUGUUGAUAGAUGGGCCAGAAUAUGUAUUUAGUCUUUCAAAGCAAGGAACUGUCGUAACUGGGCCGCAUGAUAAUUGUGAGGACCAGUACCCUGAUCUAUUGAACAAACAACACCCAAGAAAGAGCAUAAAGCGUCAGUUCAGUCGCAGGGUAGAAUCUGUCCGUCCAAAAUAUUUGUCACCCAUCUUGAAACGACGGAGAUUAAAUGCUUGUAAUCGUGAAGAGAGCAGGCGCUGCACUAAUGCCCUCUCCACGGGUCCUUGUUUGAAUGAAGAGGAGCGUCGGUGGCAAUCACACUCACCUGAAGCAAGCAAUACUGUGGUCACUGAAGAGGGCCCCUCUCAACCAAAGGUAUCUGCCAGCUCUUCAGGUAAAGGAAGUGCAGAUGGGAGCAGUGGAUGCAUUCUCAGCGAGAACGGUUUCAGUACCAGCACUGUUAGUGAGACUGCGUCUCAUGAUAAACCUCAAAAGAGGGCUUUGAUUGACCUGAACCUCCCGCACAGUAUGCCAGAUUUUGAGACAGAUGGGCCCUACAUCGAAGCAGCAGACAGCCAGGAAGAUAUGAAUACAAAAGGGUCUUCCUUCCCACCAGAAUCAAAUCAGCGGCAUGAAGAUUCAUUGGCCCCAGGCACCUCCAAUGGCACGGAUAGUACUAAUCUGCCCGUCGCAAAUUGUCGGAGGCAGAGCACUAGAAACCGGCCAUUGACAACGAAGGUGUUGGAAGCCCUCGAAUGUGGGUUCUUUAAUGCGAGGCGGAGGGGGAGGGGCACGAAGGCCCAGCCACGCGGGAAUCUGAUGCCCAGGCCUCCUCGGCGGCGGCGGGGAGUCCGCGAUGGUGCCAGAGUUUCCAAUUCUGGUAAUGCUGGUACUGACAUCACGGAUUCCCAGGUAGAUGGGGCGGACGAGUGUAGUAGUAACAUGAACGUGGUUAGCGAGUCUCAGAUUCGGGUUGGAAAGAAAGGAACUCACGAGUUUCUUGAGGUCCCGAGAACUGCCUAUGUGCCAGGAAUUUUCACAGGAAGCCAGAGCAGAUGUGGUUAGGGCUAGUGGAUGUUUGGUUUGUAUGAUUUUAAGUUGGAUGCAGCAUCUGCAACUUCUGAAAAUUUGGGAAUCAGACACAAGGGGAUGGUUUAGGCUGCAUUUAGGUGCGCAAUUGAAUUGAAUUGUGAUAAGAGGGCUGCUUUUGAAUUAUGAAUACUGGGAAACAUCACAACAAUCGGAUCAUUCCUUUUGAUUGGACUGGAUGUUUGUAAUUCUGUUCAGUUGCACAUCGAAACGCAUCCUUGAUCACAUGAGUCUAACUGAACAAAUUGUGAGCUUCAAUAGCUGAUUGCAGCUCAUGAUGAGGAAUGCAGUUGUUGGUUUCUCGAACUGGGUUGCAUGCUGAUCGGAGUUUCUGUGGCUGGGAUACCUCAUUGUACAAAGUGAGCAUCCAUAUUUAUCUGAUCAUGCCAUGUUGUAGCAGGUAUGGUUUUUCAUGUGGUUACAAAUUCCUAUAUUUCAUAUAUAACAAUUCAAAAUUUCAUCUUUGUGGCCA